AUGGCUACCUCUACGGAAGACGAAUUUGAUAAACCUAGCAGCAAGGUCAUCAGCCCUUCGGCGCUUGCACACGUCGUCUUCCGCACAGCCAACUACCAGCCAAUGGUCGACUUCUACCUGACCUUCCUCGGCGGCCAUGUCACCCAUGGUAAUCAAUUCAUAACUUUUAUAACAUACGAUGAAGAACACCAUCGUGUCGCAAUUGUGACGUUGCCCGACACCGGACCAAGAGAACCGAAAAGCAGCGGAUUGAGGCACGUCGCUUUUACGUUUCCAACACUUCGCGAUCUUCUGCUCGCAUAUCGACAGCGCAAAGGUCGCGGGAUCGAGCCUUUCUGGACCGUAAACCAUGGGGUGACGACCAGUCUCUACUACCGAGAUCCCGACGGAAAUAUGAUUGAAACGCAAGUGGACAAUUUCGAUACCACCGAAGAGGCGAAUGCGUUCAUGGCCACUCCAGCUUUCGCGGAGAAUCCCAUCGGAACUGACUUUGAUGUCGAAGAACUGAUCGCCAGGCUCAGAAGCGGCGAAGAUGAGGCCUCUUUGAAGAAACCAGUGGAAAGUGGCGCUAGAGGACCGGUCGACGUAGAUAGCAUGUAA